AUGCAGUUACUUAAUGAAUUAAAGUCCUUUUUUAAUAAAAAAAUUCCAUCUGCUUCAUUAGAUUUCGGAUCUGACUCUAAAGUUGCUGGUAAAUUUGCUGUUAUACUUGAAAACGAUGUAUUACCAAUAGGCUUCUGGACUUUUGUAGACAAAGACACUUUAGACUCAAACGCUUUGAAAGCAAUUCCUUUUCUUCGCAAUGAGAGCUUUCUAGAAAAUCAAAAGGAUAAGUGGAUGUAUUUUAAAGAAGAAAAUAUCCGAUAUUAUGAUUUAUCAGAAGCCAUUAAUGAAUCAACUACUCAUGGUGGCAUAAAUACAAGUGGAUACUGGGAGGAAACAACCAAGUCCUGGAAGGUAAUGGAUAUCAAUACUAGGAACACGGACUUAAAGAAUGCAUAUGCUGCAGAAUUGGAACAACCGAUAGGCUUGCAUCCUAAAUUACAGGUGAACUUGAAAAACUUGAAGCCGCCAAACAAACAAUGUACUUUACGAGGUGUUCUCUAUUUGCCCUCGACAUUAUUUGUUGACCAAUAUGAAUUAUCUUCUAUGGCUGAAAUGAGAGCCGGGAACUUGGAUCAAAUUCUUAGGAUUUUUGGUGAAACAGACUUAGAGGCCCCAACUUAUACUCUUCCCGGUACAGGAAGCAUUUUAUGGUUCCAGGUCUUUUUAAACGGAACAACCCGUCAUAAUCAUGAUCUCCGACUGGAGCUUCCCUUACACACACGUUAUCAGUUACCCACGAAAGGAGCUGUUUAUGCAAAUACAAGCUUUUAUUCACCUAGUUUUUAUUGGGAUUGUUCCAGCAGAAAGAUUCCUAUAGAGGAAGAGUCUCUUUCAAACUUACUUUUCAAUCGUUUUGUAUCUCCCUUAAAAUCACUUGGACCUCCCAGUCUAGUCAUAACAAUUCCAACCGCCAAUGUUGAGCAUGAGCAAAUGGUUCGAUGGAUAACCAACACAGUGAUUCUUGGAAUGUUUUUCUACAUUGUACAAUUUCUUUUACGAAAACUUAAGGGACACUUAAAACAGUUAUAA